AGCCCACCUUGAAGGGUUGUUGGGGGGAAUCCAGACUCCUUGGAGAACGACGGAUGAGCGCACGCAGGGCUGCCUGUCUCUGCAGUGAGCAAAGCAGGGGGCAGGGGGCACACAACCCAGCCACACCGGGAUGCCGGAGCUCCAAGGAGGGCCCAGGUGGCACAGGAGGCGUGCCUCGCACCUUGCCCGACAGCCUGUUUUCUUAUCGGCAUUGGCGGCGGCAGCCACGGCCCCUGCUCUCCAAGGCCUGCCUGCCCGGAGGCCAAAGUGCAGCUCCAGCUUGCAGUUUCCACUAGAGCCCACGGACAGACGCCUUUGUUCCCCCGGCCAGCUGACUGCCCCCCAAGGAAGAUGAGCCUGCGGAAGCAGCUGGAGGCCCUCAGCGUCUUCCAAUGGGUGCUGACCUUCCUUUUCUUUGGCCUCUUCUUCACCCUGCUCCUCACCUACCUGCUCUUCACUUCCUUCUGGCUCCUGAGCGUGCUCUACUUCAUCUGGUGGAUUGCAGACUUGGACACUCCCGCGCAAGGUGGCCGCCGUAGCGACUGGAUGAGGCGCUGGAAGGUCUGGGAGCUGCACAGGGACUAUUUCCCUAUCAAGCUGGUGAAGACGGCCGAACUGCCGCCCACAAGGAACUAUGUCCUGGGCUCCCACCCACACGGCAUUAUCUGUGCCGGAGCCUUUUCUGCCUUCUGCACGGAAGCCUGUGGCUUCUCCCGGGCCUUCCCCGGCCUGACCUCCAGCCUUGCUCUCCUCGCUGGUCUCUUCUACCUGCCUGUGUACCGCGAGUACAUGAUGAGCUCAGGAAUGGUGCCAGUCAGCAAGAGGUCCCUGGAUUUCUUGCUCCGUGCGGGGCCCGGCCACGCGGUGGUCAUUGUGGUGGGCGGGGCCACAGAGUCCCUGGACUGCAACCCUGGCGAGCAGCGCCUCCAUCUCUCGGGGAGGCGAGGCUUUGUGCGUCUAGCGCUACAGCAUGGGGCAGACCUCGUCCCAGUUUUCUCCUUUGGAGAGAGUGACAUUUUCCGGCAGCUGCAGUUUCCCGAGGGCAGCUCCCUCCGCCGUCUCCAGCUUCGCUUCAAGCA